AUGGCGGUUACCGUCCUCCCUACCAGCUCCAUGCCCGACUCUGUCAAGCUGGCCGUCCGGUCAACAACAACAUGCUCCGAUACCACCGUGAUGUCCCUCCAAUCUCUCCUCCGCGCAUCGUCGAAUCCCCUCGAAAAGCCUGCGAGGCGCACAAAAUCAGUCAAAGAGCCUGCUAGACCAACAAGUCGAGCAAAGACAUCUAGGACCACCAAGACAAAUUGUGCGAGCGACGCGUUGCAUGCAAUUGUUGAUCAAGAUGCGCCCCUACUAUCUCCCCAAGAGAAGCUCGUCCUCGCCACGGAGGUGUUCAAUACAACACUAAAGACACUCACGGACGCGUUGAAAGCCCCCACUGCGAAGCGUUCAAUCUCCACUGAAAAAGCCGCCAAGUCGACUGCAAGGUCUAAUCCCGCCGGGGUUGAUGCGGGGGUGAUUUCCGCAGCAGAGUGCGCUAGACUUGCCUUGUCGACAUUACGAGCUCUAAAAAAUGACCAGAGUGCCAAAGAUUUCCCGAACAUGCAGCUUGAGCAAGGAGUAUGCGUAUUGGCGGGAAAGUUGAUAUCUCUGGGACUGAACGAUAUGGCGUGGAAGGAAAUGAGGUCUCUGAAAGGCAGAAUCCAGCAACACCUGGAUCUGCAGAAGACGGGGAAGAAGGCGACUGGCUCCAAUGAUGUGGCGGAUGAUGAAACGGCAAAGGAGCGCAUGUCUGACCUUUUGACUUUUUCGAACAUUUCGAAUGCACAAUCUCUCCAUGGGUUGCUUAUUCCCUUCCAGGCCAAUGCGAUGCGACUCUUUGCCUCCGAACGCAAGUCCUCGACGAUCCAAAAGCUGUUUCCACUACUGCAGCUUUCCGAACCCAGCAGCCCGGCCCAGAUGAUCCUUGCUGCCGUGAAGUCCAAAAGCUUAUCGAAUGACAAAGCUGCUCUUCAACUUCAACUGCUGUCAAAUACUGUGCUAUCUUUGUCCUCCGGAAGAUCAACGUCUGGUGACGAAUCGCCAAAAAGUAAAGAUACUCUGAAGCCAAUUACAGCAUUGGGUCUCCAACUGCUGUCCCUAGAGAUCCGAUGCCUGGGUUGGAAGAUAGCCGGCCACGUAUGUGACGAGAGCAAAGAGGUUUUCGAUCCUCUUCUUCGCUACCUUGGGGGAUUUUCUCAUCGCAGUAAAGGAAUUGAGAAGGCUGAGUUUGGUGCAGUAUUCAAGGCGAUUACCCGAAUUCAAUCAUCCACGGCAGAGAUCAAGAAGCAACCGCAAGGAAUCAAGGAUAUGAAUGCAACUGCCAAAAUAAUGACUCUACUUGGCCAGCUUGCACUGGAUGCUGGUUGUCUUGAAGAAUCCCUAAAGCUUUUCGGCAAAGCCAUCACACCACUUUCGAACUCACAAAGCCUUUCCUUGGCUACUGUUCAGUGUAAGAUUGCGUCGGUCUCUUUCCAACGCUUGAAGGCAUCUGGAAAGUUCUUGGAUGAAGCGUUGAAAUCCACAUCAGACGCCACAAACGCUCUAGGGUUACAACUCCGGGGUAGUGCAACUGAUCUGGACGAGCUACUUGUUGAGGCUGCUCGGCUCAAGAAGCUUGCUCUCUCUUGGUUCGGCGAGGCAGUCGCGGAGCCAUCCAAUAGUGACCAGCAGAAAAACGAAAUUGCGUUUCAGAUUCGGGAAUAUCUACAAGCAUUCAUCAGGUUUCUCAGGCGUUACGUGGGACGACCUCCUGCAGAGGACAGCGAUGAGAAAGAGCACGAAUUGUUCCAAAAUCGAAUCUCUAUGUCCAAAAGUAUCGUUCUCGCCGCCGUUGACUCGACUGUUGCUGUCGGGAAAUUGUCCAUUAUGUCUCAAAGACCACCAUGGGAUGACAUGCUCCCCAUUCUAGCGGAUUGCCAUCGCCUGCUUACUUGCGUCGAAAGCUCUGAUGACCCCAACUCAGAUGCUUCAAGCAUUGGUGCAGCACUUGUGAAACUAUCUAAUCUUUUUUGGUCUCGUUACAUCAAGAGGAAAGAGGCUGACCAAGGCUACCGCGAGUUGCUUCCUCUUCUCAAGCAAUCGACUCAAAUAACCUCCACCUGCUCGCCAUCGCUUCGGAACGCAGCAUUUACUGCUCUGAAAUUCGAAAGAAUGGCUCAUCUUUACUUGGAUGGUAAUAUGCCCGUGGAUUCCGAGAAAUCAUUUCGUCAAUCAAUCGCGGAGUAUAUUGAUUCGGGUACUCUACAGCAAAUCGCUGACAGCGGUAUGGGGGCUCACCCUCUGUCAGGCAGCCAGAAUCCUCAAAGUCCAGCUUUUAUGCUAGGCCGGGUUCUUUCUACAUUCUUGAAGGUGAAGUUGCGACAGAAGGGGUCCAAGUCUUCCGACAUUUAUGACGAUCUGGAACUGGCCCCCGAACGACGAGGGAUGCUUCUUGAAUGGCAAAUGAGCCUUCUUGCUGAUUUACAUGCAUACUCUUCGAGUGAUGAGAAGUUUCGGUCCACUUUCACCUCGGUAGUAUCUAAUCUCAUUGAAAUUUACCCGACAGACCUUCAUCCUAUCCGCCAUGGUCGAGUGGUCCUUUCUGCUCUUCGAUACUUGCUAGAGCACCCGGGCUGUUUGGAAACCACAAUAUUUGAGAAGAUAAUGGAAGAAGGCACAGAAGCUGUCACAAAUGGAUUCGAAGUUGGACAAGACACUGACUUGGCGCCCUUUGCUCAGCAUAUCAUGAGCUCUUUACGAAUCAUCAUUGGUUUCCACUACGGCCAAAUUGAUGCGAAUGACUUGACUAACACACUUGCAUCAUGGACCUCCAUGAUUCGACAGUGCUCAGAUGAAAGCUCUUUGCUUCUCUGCAUUCAUGAUAUCGAUUACUGGAUUCUCCAACUGAAGGCCUUGGUUGAUUACACGGAGAUCCAUGGCCUGUGGAAAUCUCAGCUUUCUGCCUUGGAGCUGAUACUUCGAGUGGCUGAACUUCAGAAAUCAGCUGAUCUGUCGGAUGCAAUCACGAUUCUCUCGCGCUUGGUGCUACAGCAUUGUCGACUUGGACAUUGUCAAAAAGCAGGUGACCUUCUCUGCCGCGGUGAACAAUAUCUUACCCGACACAAGAUAUCCUCCCUAGCGACCAUAUCAUGCAAACUGGCCCGAGUUGAAUAUCUUCUCGAGACAGGAGAGGCAGACAAAGCCGCCUCUGUUCUUUCUGCUACGAAGUCAUUGUAUGAAAAGAGCCAACAGUCGGAAGAGAUGAGCAAUCUAUCUGUUUCGUCGAAAAUAUCAUGGGAAAGACUUAUUGCGGAUGCUACUUUCAUACAAUCUCGCCUGUCGGCUGCUCAGGGUUCAAUGGCAGAUGCUCUUUUCUUUGCCAAGCUAUCUGUGAGGCUCAACUGUCGGAUUUGGGCCAAGGUUGAGAAAUUAGCCCAACGAAAACAGGACAAGUCUUUGGCCGCGGGAGGAAACUCUGAUGUUGACGCGGUCGCUGACAGUGUGGCCAAACUUGAUCUAUCCCAAAACGGACCUUCUCCAGAGGUUUCAUCAGGUUAUACUCAAGGCGCGCCAUUCUGGCCACACCUUGGCGCACAUCAUACCUCCUUGUUGAACCUCGCAACAUUGUCGGCCCAUCAUGGCUUAUUCCAGGAUGCCAUCUACUACGGACAGCAGGCAUUGAAGAUUGAUAAGACGCUCGACGCUAACAUCCGACUUGUGGCUGCACAAACUCAGCUUGGUUGCUACUGGACUCUCGGCGGUCAUGUGGACGAAGGACAAGAAUUUCUCAUCGCAGCGUCAGAAUCGUCAAAGCAGAUCCAGACCAGUAUGGAAACUGUCUCACUGCACAUGGCUCUUGCUUCUCUUUACAAAGUACAGGGACAAUACGACAAAGCAUUCCGUCUGCUACAGGAGGCUGAUAAGGCCAUCGUAGCUAUAAAUUCGUCCGAUGCAACCAGCAUCUCAGAGGCCCCGAAUAUCGCACUUCUUGAAGAGAAGAUGGAGAAAUUGAAGGUACGAAGCAGUCGUCGAGCACCGUCAACGACUACUGCUACCACGGCUAGUACCGCUGCCCGACGUACUCGUGCAACUAGUUCCGCUACGGCAAGCACUGCUAAGAAGAUCUCAACGCCCAAGACCCCUCAAGUUGAUGUCCAAUCCAAGUCUCUCUUACGGCUGAAGAGCGAUAUUCUUCGGCAACAGGCCGACUGCUUGCGAGCACUUCGAGACUACGAGCGCUCUGCAAGCACCCUGAUAGAAGCCCGUCAAUUUGCCACAGCACGAGAAAGUAAAGUCUCUCUCGAGAUUGGCGAAAGUGAACACUUGUUGGCCGAGGCCAUUCGUCAGUUUGCAACUCACGCUGUAUACUGUGUUCUGCCUGAGUCUACCAUCUCACUGCCUUCUCUCAAAACUCCAAGCAAAUCAGCAGACAAGCCGAAUGCUCCAAUCGCAAAACCCACCACCAGGCGAGCAAGGGCCCCGACCAAAGGAACUCGGGCUAAAGCUCAAAAAGCCAGUGAAGAUUUCUCUAUCAUGCUCACCAAAGCAAGUGAUCUUCUUGCAGGUGUCUUUACUGAUGUCGCUGUACUCGGCUCCACCUUGGAGAGCCAUGCAGCAUCUCGAUUAAUGAGUCGCAUUUCUAUGCUUACACAUGCCACUACCCCAGGGGGCCCCGCAACCUGGGCGCAACCCCCGGCGACUAUGAAUGAAAUUGGGCGUGUCGGUGCAUUCGCUCGUGAGCGGAUGGCUAUUAAGUUUGAUCGACAAUUGUCAGACCUUGCUGAUCCACUCCUGUGGCCGACUUCUUCAUCUCCAGUUGCCGGGAUUGAAGAAGAAAUCUGCUCAAGCUUCACUGAGCUUUAUGUUGAUAUUCUGCCGGAAAACUGGAAUGUUCUGUCUCUGUCUCUGAGUGCUGACGGGACUGAGUUUGUGGUCUCCCGGCUGCAGAAGAAUUGUUCUCCUUUCCUGCUUCGUUUACCUCUCCGGCGAGGCAACGUCGAUGAUGAUGAAGAAGAGCAGUUCACCUUUGAAGAUGGGAAGGAAGAGAUGCAGAAAGUGAUCAAGCUGGCCAACGAGAGUGCACAUGCUGCCAAGGCUCAGAUUGACAAGAAGAUGAAGAAAGAAUGGUGGACGACUCGAGAAACACUGGAUCGUCGGUUAGAAAGCCUUCUUCAAAAUAUCGAAAACCUGUGGUUUGGAGGCUUCCGGGGCGUCUUUUCGCCGCUUGCACGAGAUACCACCGCGUUGUCUCGCUUUGCCAGUGCAUUCCAAGGAAUCCUGGACAAGCAUCUUCCCUCUCGCCAUAAGGGCACGAAGGCUUCUUCGCCUCGCCUGACUCUUCACCAAAACGUUCUGGAACUGUUCAUUGGGCUUCGAGACCUCGAACAGUCGGAGGAGCCCGAGGAUACGUUGAUGGAUCUUCUCUACUUUGUGGUAGAUAUCUUGCAAUUCCAGGGCGAACGGAAUGCUUAUGACGAGAUCGACUUCGACAUGAUGGUUGUUGACACCCUCGAUGCCCUGCGAGGAUACCAUGAAGCCGCGCGAGAAGAGCUUGCGUUGACCCCGCCGAACCACACAGUGCUCGUGCUAGACAAGGCUCUGCACCUGUUCCCAUGGGAGUCUCUACCAUGUCUUCAAGGAUACCCUGUCUGUCGAGUUUCAUCUUUGGAGUGUCUUCGUGAGCGUGUGCUUCAAUUCCGUGAAAAUCGAUCUGGUGCAGUCCUGGAUCGUACGUCGGGCGCUUUCCUUCUUAACCCGACAGGCGAUCUUCGUACCACUCAAACAACCUUUGAAGGGGAUCUGGCGGGACUGAAGUCUUGGACUGGUGUGGUCAAUCGUGAACCAUCGGAGGAGGAAUUCCGUGACUGUCUAGAGUCUAAGGAUCUCUUCUUGUACUUUGGCCAUGGCAGUGGUGCCCAGUACAUCCGUGGACGUACCAUCAAGCGACUAUCCAAGUGCGCCGUUGCCUUCCUCAUGGGUUGCAGCAGCGGCACACUUACCGAGGCGGGCGAGUAUGAGCCCUAUGGUACACCGAUGAAUUACCUCCAUGCGGGCAGUCCUGCGCUCGUGGCUACCCUGUGGGAUGUCACCGAUAGGGACAUUGAUCGUUUCGCAUCGUCGACUUUCGAUACAUGGGGGUUGUUUGAGCAGGGAAAGUCACCUGCCCAAAGUGAUGUUGGCCUAGACACGGCAAUUGCAGGAGCACGGGGAUCAUGUGUCUUGAAAUACCUGAACGGGGCAGCACCCGUGGUGUAUGGAGUUCCGGUGUUUUUGGGAUGA